AUGCUGGCUGCAGACGCGGGGUACAAUGUGGUCACCUCCACCAACAGCAAGGGCGAGUACAAGAAGGGGGAACAGGACAAUAUCCUCAUCGAGUUCCUGGAGCGCGGACUCAGCAGCGAAAUUGCAAGCCGCCUCUACAACACCGGUGUUCCCCUGCCCAAGGCAUAUGGUGCCUUCAAGAACUGGUGUGUCAACAUCGAGGCCAAUGCUUUGCGCAAUCAGCUGCGUAAGGCAUCCUAUGCGCACUCAACUCCACGGCCUCCCCCCCAAUUCCGCCCUCAGGCAGCACCAGCAACGCCCACACCUGCUCCGACCCGGCCGGCUGCCAACGAACCGGUCCUGAUGGAAAUCGAUCGCACCCAUGCCCGCAGCCGCAAUAUCAUCUGCUACAACUAUCAGCAGCCUGGGCACAUUGCGCGGAAUUGUCCGGAGCCCAAGAAGAAGCGCACGUUCUUCAAUCAGGCCACAAUGCUAGAAGAGAUCAAGAACGGGGAUAAGGACAACGAGUUCCUCAAGGAGAUUGCCGAGAAGCUGCGUGAGAAGGGUUUUUGA